AUUUAGUUUUCGUCUCCAUUCAACACUUGACAAAAAACUUCUAAUUUAAAUAGUAAGCUAAGCUCUGCCUCCAAACUCCACCCAGAAGAACACACCAAUCACCUCACCACCUUCUGUUGCGACACUUGUGGAGAAGUCUGAGAAGAUCCAUAAACAUCAUAAAAAUGGCAGCAACGAAAGGAAUCGAGAUGGGUCUUGUUGCAAUAGCUGUAACAAUGCUUUAUUGGGUUGGAGCUGCUGUGGCUCAAUCGAGUUGCACAAACAUGAUUGUUGGCAUGGCACCUUGUCUUAGUUACAUUACAGGAAAUUCAUCAAACCCAUCAUCUUCUUGCUGCCAACAGCUUUCGAGUGUUGUCCAAUCUCAGCCUCAAUGUCUUUGUCAAGUGCUCAAUGGUAGUGCUGCUGCAACUUUGGGAAUUGCAAUUAAUCAAACACUUGCUCUGUCACUCCCUGCUGCUUGCAAUGUCCAGACUCCAUCAAUUAGUGCCUGUAAUGCUGUUAAUGGACCAUCAACUUCCCUGGCGGCGGAAUCUCCGGUGGGUUCUCCUUAUCCAACUGCUAGUACUACGUCUAAUGGAAAUACAGAUUCUACAACUCCCCCAGUGGCAGACUCUCCUUCAGGAACUGGGUCGAAGACAGUGCCAUCGACAGGGGUAGAAACAUCUAAAGGAACUAGAAUUACAAAAUUACCACUUCAUCUUCUUGUCUUGAUGCUUCUGUUCGUGGCUUCAUUUGUUUCAACUCUUACCAGCUUCUGA